AUGGCGGCCACCGGAACAUUUAAGCAGGCAUCGCACAAGCUGCUCGUCAUCCCUGGGCCCAUCGAGGUCGCAGAUGACGUGCUGCUCGCGAAUGCGCACCCGUCCAUGUCUCAUGUCAGCCCGGACUUUGUCCCCGUGUUUGGCGACUGCAUUCGCAUGCUCCGCGCCCUCCUCUUUGCGCCCAGCGCCCAGCCGUUCAUCACCGCUGGCAGCGGCACGCUCGGCUGGGAUCACGUCGCGGCCAACGUGACGCAGCCGGGCGACGAGGUGCUCCUGCUCAACUCGGGCUACUUUGGCGACAGCUUUGCAGAGUGCUUUGAAACCUACGGCGUCAAGGUUGACCAAAUCAAGGCGCCCAUCGGUCAGAAGCCUUCCUUGGAGCAGGUCGAGAGUGCGCUCAAGCAGAAGAAAUACAAGGUCCUCACUUUUACUCAUGUCGACACCUCCACCGGCGUGCUGUCUGACGCGAAAGGUCUGGGGGAGCUCGUCAAGCGGGUUUCUCCAGAAACGAUUCUCGUCUUGGAUGGCGUGUGCUCGGUCGGCUCCGAGGAGAUCCGACAAGACGAGUGGGGUAUCGAUGUUGUGCUGACAGCGUCUCAGAAGGGCAUCGGUUGCCCACCGGGUCUGAUGAUCCUCUCGGCCUCAAAGAAGGCGAUCGCAGCGUACGAGAACCGCACUGUCCCGCCGACAAGCUACUUUGCCUCCUGGUCCAAGUGGCUGCCGGUCAUGAAAGCGUACGAGGCCGGCACGGGCGCGUACUUUGCAACGCCGCCGACGAACUUAAUCUACGCGCUGCACCAGUCGCUCACCACGAUCACGACCAAGUCGCCAUCGCUCGAGGAGCGCUUCAAGAUCCACAUUGCUGCGUCGGAUCGCGUCAAGAACUUUGUCAAGAACGAGCUCGGCCUCGAGCAGCUCGUCGCUGAUAGCAUCAAGGACGGUGCGCAUGGCAUGACCGCUGUCAAGUACCCGACUGGCUUCAAGGCGCAGGACAUCCUGCCAAAGAUGGUCGCAAAGAACGUCGUCUUUGCUGCUGGGUUGCACAAGGAGGUCAAGGACACGUACUUCCGCAUCGGACACAUGGGUAUCACAGCUGUCGAGGAGCAGUCUCGCGGCGACAUCGACCACUUGCUCAAAUCACUCAAGGAGGUGCUUCAAGACGGAGGUCACAAUAAGUGA